AUGGGGCGUGGUUCGAGGCGUGGCCAGCACCUCAUGGCGGCUUCUCAUUGGUCGGUGGGCGGAGCUUGUGUAGUUGCCCCGCCCCUUUCCCCGGCCGCCAGGGGGCGCCACGCGCGGAGCGGGGGCGAGCGCGGGGAAUGGAGCUGCGCGGGGGGCCCGCUCGGGGGGGCCUCUGGGGCCUCCCAGCGCUCCCCUGGGACCAUUCCCGGCUCCUUUGGUGCUGUGGGACCACCCUGGGAUCCCUCCCAAGCAUGGGGGAGACCCCCGAAGGGACCAGGACCCCCAGCCCCCCCGGCGAGGCGUCCCCCAGACCCCCCCCCGGCGCCGCCAUCGCUGCCCGAGUCCCUGCUGGGCUCCGACGAGGGCGAGCAGGAGGAUCCCCGCGAUUACUGCAAAGGCGGGUAUUACCCGGUUCGGAUCGGGGACCUUUUCCACGGGCGCUACCACGUGGUUCGCAAGCUGGGCUGGGGCCAUUUCUCCACCGUGUGGCUCUGCUGGGACCUGCGGAGGAAACGCUUCGUGGCGCUGAAGGUGGUGAAAAGCGCCCCCCAAUACACGGAGACGGCUCUGGAUGAGAUCAAACUGCUGAAAUGUGUGCGGGAUUCGGACCCCAGCGACCCCAAGCGGGAGAACAUCGUGCAGCUCAUCGAUGACUUCAAGAUUUCGGGCGUCAACGGCGUCCAUGUUUGCAUGGUGCUGGAGGUGCUGGGGCAGCAGCUGCUGCGCUGGAUCAUCAAAUCCAACUACCAGGGGCUGCCCCUGCCCUGCGUCAAGAGCAUCGUGCGGCAGGUGCUGGAGGGCCUGGAUUACCUGCACACCAAGUGCAAGAUCAUCCACACGGACAUCAAGCCCGAGAACGUCCUCGUGUGCGUGCCCCAGCCCUACCUGAGGCACCUGGCGGCGCAGGCGGCGCAGUGGGCGCGGGGGCCACGGCCCCCCCCCGAGGGGCAGGAGGAGCCCGAGGAGCCCGUGAGUGGCGUGUACACCUGGGUGUGCUCACACCUGGGGGGGAGCGGCCUGUCGCGGGCUCAGCGGCGCCGGCGGCGGCGGCGACAGCGGCGACAGCGACAACUCCUGGCAGAGCGACUGAGGGAGCUGGAGCGGCUGCGCGACAGCGACACCGAAACGCCCCCGGAGGAGUUUGGGGGGAGCCCCCCGAGCGGGGCCUCGUCCUCGGGGGUGCACACGCUGCCCGCGGGGGGGGGGGGCUCCAGCGAUGGAUUCUCGGGGGGCUCCCCGGGACCCCCCCCCCCGCCGCCCCCCCAGCCCCAGCUCGGCCUCGGAUUCGCUCUUCACCCCCACCUCGGGCUCCCUCAUCUCGGGGGGCUCCGAGGGGCUCCCCAAAACCCUGG